GCCCCGCACGAAGCCGCGCCAUGCAUCGGAAGCGGAGCGGCCGCGGCCAAGACCAGGGCGCCGAUUCGGGAGCCGAGACCGGCGGGUCGGAAUACAGCGGUGUGUCCUCUUCUAGCAGUGAAUUUUCUGCGGAGGACGUACCAGAUCCUUUUCUUGUUAGCGUACACAUCAUCGCAAAUCCAGGAGAAUCCGCUGUUCUCCAGCAAGCCAUUGAUCACCUGUUGGCAUGGAUCCACCCAGACCUCCAGCUUUUCCGAGUUUCAGAGAGGCGGGUGCCGAGGAGGCCACAGAAGAGUGGCCGGGGUAUCACGUCCCAGCCAGCCCUAGCUGUCAUUCUCUUCCUUCAAGAAGACUAUGACGAAGAGCCCAUCCUGCAGCUCCAUGAAUCAUUUCAAAGGCCACCCUGGCACUACCACCACACCGAGCGUGUGCAUGGCAACGUCCUCCCUUACAUGCCAGGCAGCCAGGAUUUCUUCAUCUUGACCCCAGGGACGCCUUUGUGGGCCAUCCGGCCGGUGCAUUAUGGCAAGGAAAUCGUACGCUUCACCAUCUACUGCAGGCAUGAAAACUUUGCCGGCACUGUGAGGUUCUAUGAGUUGAUUUUGAAAAGGCGAGCUCAUCAGCAGAAGGCAGAUUUCUGUGUGUUUCCCGUCUAUUCCAAUGUGGACCUAGAUAUUCAGUUCUCUUUAAAAAGGCUCCCACGAGGCCAUGUGCCGAGGCCUACAGAGUCGGCAGUGCUGGAGUUCCGGGUGAAAGACAUCCAGCAACUUGUGCCACUUUUGCCCAAUCCUUGCAGCCCCAUCAGCGAAGGCAGAUGGCAAACGGAAGAUCUAGAUGGCAAUAAGCUCCUUCUGCAGGUCCGGUAUAAGAAGUAUGCUAAACAGAACACAUGUUGCCACUUGUCCCCACCAAGGAGCACUCCUGUCCCACGUUUUGUCCCUUCUUACAGCACCCGAUGGGCUCUUCACAAAAGGACGGAUCCUUCCAGACCAGCUGGUUCUCUUGCAUUCCCCCAUGCCAAUCCAUGCCUUGUUGUUUCCCAGCACGACCUGAGAAACUGUGGCCGAGAACGCUUUCCCAGAAGAUCUAGCACGGCUUCUACCAGCUCCGGUUCCUUUCAGCGAAGCAAAUCUCUGGCUUGUUUGCCUACCACAAGCUCUUCCUUGACUUCAAAGUUUUUUCAUUUUAGCGACCCAAACUCAUUAAGCACUUUCUUUUCCUCAGGCAGGACAAGAGCCCGAGUUAACAUUGAUGACCUGGAAGGGGUUCAGGAGACUGAUGUGGACACAGGGAUGAAACUUGCUUUCUCCGAUUUAUCUGUGGUCUCUGCUUACUCAGCUCCUGAUGUUUUCGGUAAGGAAACAGAAGUAAAGACAACCUGUCCCGUUCCAAAUCAAAGUGUCAACAGAUUUAAGCAGACCAUUUCUAGAGGAAGAUGCUCUUCGGCCAAGUAUCACCCCCUUCAGUUAUCAUCCAGCUGCCUUCCUUUUCUGUUUGAUUGGUCUUCUAGUUCUUCCACAUCACCAUCAGCUUCUCCUUCAGCAGUUCUCUUUGGGAGCAGACAUUUACCAAGAAGGACAGCCUUCUCUCUCGAUGACAGCAGAACCACUGGUGGUGGAAGAGCAGAUGAAGAAGAAUUCUAUAUCUGAAUUUGAGAGAGACUGAGUGAGUGAGAGAGAGAAGGUGUUUUGGGGAAAAGGGUAUUUUUUGGGGGAAAGUGAGAAAUAUUUUUCUCUCUGGAUGCCAAAUUCAGUUUCACAGACAUUUUUGGGCGAAAGGCUGCAUUUCAGUGGCAGAUGUAGCUGAAGGCAAAAGUGCAGGAUCCCAAAUGCCAAAGUAUUUCAACUUAAAUACCUUACUGACGGUGUUUUCCCUCAGACGGAACAUUUAUUAUUUUUAUUGUCCUGAUUCUGUAUUAAUAUUAUUGGAUUUUUUUCCAUCCAUCCAUAUGAUGUUCCCCUUGUCUCAGUUGAGUGCUACCAUAUUUUCCAUUACUUUUGCUGCUUUUUUGCCCCUCCUGAAGACAUUUUUUUAAAGGGAGGCAUUUAGCACUAUGGCAUUUCCCAUGGGGUUCAUUUUCAUGGUUAGAGGAUUCUAGUUGGAAGUUUCCGAUUAGCAUAAAAAUACUAAAUGAAUAAAUCUUCAGACAUUCCAGAAAAGAAGCUCCGGUUUCUCUUGACAUAUUUUUACAUAGUUUUGAAGGAUUUCUUGAAGAGACGCAGUUUUUAGUAAUGGGGCUUUACAAAAUACAAUUUGGAUGCAAAUCCUAUUGUUGCCUCUACGCCUCUGAAACUUUCUGGGAGAAAGAGUAGAACUUUUACUUUGUCUGGAAGAGCCUUGCGCUUUACAGAAGCAUUUGGGUCUUUUAGAAGGGGAAAAUAACUAUCCAAAAGCCACAAAACCAUCAAACAAUGGUGUCAUGCGAAUCCAUAAACUGAGUUUUCCUUCCCUCAGGAAGAUUUGGCAUUUGAACCUCAGGCCAAGAUUGGCUCUCCAGAGACUUGUAAUGUUUGCUAACCUUUGCUUUUAAGACAUGCCUAAAAGCUUUGAGUAAGCCCCUGUGGUGUGGGGGAGUAGUAGGAAUUACUGACUAAUUUUGGCUGCCCCCUAAGAAAACAAGGGCAUAUGAUUUGUACUGUUACUGCAUUGGCAGAAUCCUGUCACCACAGUUUUUAUCUUGGGCGAUCCACACUUGAACAAGCGAGAUCAGACAUGGGACGGCAACAAUUCGUCUGUUUUACCUGUUCAUCAAAGCAUUUACAGGUGUUGUUGUCUUGUCAUCCAGUCUUGUCUUCCUCGAUAGAAUUCUUUUCUGCAGUAUUCUUGGACUGCAAUUCCCAGAAACCUCAGCUGGUACAGCUGGUGGUGAAGAUUUCUGGGAACUGCAGGCCAAGAACACCUGGGUGACCCAAGGUUGAGAACCACUGCUCUAUUGACUCUAGAAAGCAUUUUGCCCUCAGAAGGAAAGUCUGUCAGUCAACUGCUGCUAGAAAUUUCUUGAUAUUGUAAAUUUUUAAUAUUGAAUUGCAUUACUGCUGAAGAAGAAAGCCACAUUCUUUGAUGACCCCUUUUAAAAUAGCACCCAUAUUUUGCCAUCAUGCCUUUUAACUAUUUUGCCAUAAUAGUGAAAAUUUGUGUCUUAAUGACACCAUUGGGGUCAAGGCACUGAGUAAUGGCUUCUGACCUUGCACUAGUAAUAAAUAAAUUGAACUAGUGGUUGUUGUGGGUUU